AUGCAACAGCAGCAGCAACAACAGCAGGAUCAGGAACAGGACCGGGGGAUCGUAACAGUCUUGUCGUCCUCCUCUUCCUCCUCUUCCUCGUCGGCAGCCACGUCCACCAGCACCGAGCAUCGCGACGUCGCCAGCGUGACAGAGGCCGGAUCUCUGCCGAAUCUCACGUUACAGAGCGUGGCUCUUGGACUCCAAGGAGCGUUGCUCGCUGCCCUUCAAAGGGUUGCUCUACUUCCGCCCGGGCAUGCCGCCGCCGCGGCGCUCAAUCUCCAGGCACUGGAGACCUAUCUGACUCUUCAUCGUCUUCACGCGAGCAGCGCCGCGCCUGGUGUCGGCCAAUCUUCUGCCCCGGGGCUCGCUAAUCAGAGGUGUUCCCCGGUGAACGCCGGACUAGAGACCGCGUUGACAUCUGCCACACCGUCGAAGAACGAUCAGCUAGCUGCCGAACGGCUGCUGCAGUCCACCGACGACGAGGACGAUGCCCGGUUGGACUUCAUCGGCGAUCCGGACGAUGAUCUGGCUCUGCUGGAAGAGCAGGAAGCGCUGUUGAGGGACACUUCCGUUGGCACGUCGUCGAGCAACCACGAGGCGCUGCUGCGACGGAUAUCGGAAGGGAAUCGCGUUCCGAGUUCGAGUUCCACGACCGCGCCACCGCAGUCGUCGUCCCUGUCGUCGCAGAUAGCCGUCUCGUCGUUCGCGUCGUCGGCGUCGUCGUCCGCCUGCUCCUCGUCUCCCUCGUCUUCGUUGACCUCGUCGUUGCCCUCGUCGUCGCCGCUUCAAGCCACGUCCACCUCCGCGGUCGAGUCGAGCAUACCGCGGACAUGCAGAGUCGCCAGACCGAAGAAGCAGUUCAUCUGCAAGUUCUGCAGCCGGCAGUUCACCAAGAGCUACAAUCUGCUGAUACACGAGAGAACGCACACCGACGAGCGGCCGUAUUCGUGCGACAUUUGCGGAAAGGCCUUCCGACGGCAAGAUCACCUGAGGGACCACAGGUACAUCCACAGCAAGGAGAAGCCGUUCAAAUGCGCGGAGUGCGGCAAAGGAUUCUGCCAGAGCAGGACCCUCGCGGUGCACAAGAUCCUCCACAUGGAGGAGUCGCCGCACAAGUGUCCCGUGUGCGCCAGGAGUUUCAACCAGAGGAGCAACCUGAAGACCCACCUUCUCACGCACACGGACAUCAAGCCUUACCACUGUGCCUCCUGCGGCAAGGUGUUCCGCAGGAACUGCGACCUCAGGAGGCACUCGUUGACUCACAAUUUGGGCGUAUCGACGUCGCCGCCGCCGCCGCCGGGGUUACCUGUGCCCGGCACCGGGGCCGUCGUGCUACAGGAGACGUCCUAGUGAUCCUGUCGACCGAUCGCGGCGAGCCUUCUAUCGCGCUAGGGAAAUUUGUUCUCGCACGGGC